UAUAAGUCCGUGAUUCCGCGGACUCUCCUGACGUGUGAGCGUCUGGACAUCGGACUCGAUGGCUGGGAGGCUGCUAGCUCGGUCUGUCUGCAGGACUUUACCGGCGUCCGGUGCAGUAAGAGGCACCGGAGCCAGAGGGACCGGCCGGUUUUACUGGACCACUUCCCGGAGGACUGCGGCUGCUCUGACCGGCGGAGGAGUCGCUCUCCUCCUGGGCCUCCCUGCGCUCUCCUGCCUGGGCUGUGGAGCUUAUCAGCGGGUGCAGAGGUCGGCCGUGCUCCACGCUGCGGGGAAAGAGGAGGUGCUGGAGCAGGCUGAUUACCUGUACAGCUGUGCAGAGACGGAGAAGCUCUACCAGCUGCUGCUGCAGUACAGGGACAGUGAGGAUGCAGAGUUCCUGUGGAGGCUGGCCCGGGCGUCUCGUGACCUGUCCCUCCUGCCCAAAAUGGAGGCCGAGCAGAAGAAGCAGCUGACGUUCGAGGCCUUCGAAUACGCCAAGAGGGCUCUGGAGAAAGACGACAAGUGUUUUGCAGCACACAAAUGGUACGCUGUGUGUCUCAGCGAUGUCGGGGACUACGAGGGAGUCAAGGUGAAAAUUGGAAAUUCAUACAUCAUCAGGGACCAUCUAGAGAGAGCCAUCGAGCUCAACCCCAAAGACGCCACGUCCUUACACAUCCUGGGAUACUGGUGCUUUGCGUUUGCUGAGUUGCCGUGGUAUCAACGCAAGGUGGCUGCUGUCAUUUUUUCAUCGCCACCUGUGUCCACAUAUGAGGAGGCUUUGAGAUUCUUCCUGAAAGCUGAAGAAGUUGAUCCAAACUUCUACAGCAAAAACCUGCUGAUGCUCGGGAAGACCUACGUGGGCCUGAAAGACAAGCAGAACGCUCUGCUCUGGUUAACCAAGGCCAAAGAGUACCCUGCUCACACACUGGAAGACAAGGAGGUUCACAGAGAAGCUGCUGAGCUGCUGAAGAAGCUGGGAUGAAGCUGUUUACACCUCUGAGGGGAACAUGACGCCUUCCACCACUUUUACACUGUUAAUGAUGACUAAAACCUUUUCAUGAUUUUGUAAUUAUUAAUAAUUAGUAGAACUAGUAAGUGGCCUUACACACAGGAGUCACUCAUGCCUUUGAGAUAAUGAGCCAGUGUCUGAACAUCCAGCUUGUUCAUGAGACCAGUCGCUGCCUGUGAAAGAAAACCCGCUGAUUGUACACAACAUUUUUCAGACUGAUCCGUGUUUGACCACUUUCAUCACCCGUCUGUAUCUGCAGACUAACUGUUCAACAGCCGGCGACUGAACUGGAACGCGGGCUUUGUUUGUUUGUUUGUUUGUAAUAAUGUCUUAUUUGUCUUCUGACAUUUAAUGAAUCCAUUCCUGAGCAGAGAAGAGACUGAACUUUCUGUGUCUUACAGAUCUGUGACAGCUGUUAAAACACUAAAUGACAGAUUAUAACUUGCA